AUGGACUCUAUUCAAGUUAAACUUAAGUACUAUAAUGCUCUAGCUGAUAAAGAACUUUCUAAAUAUGAACAAGUUAACAAAUUGGAAAAAUAUACUAAUGUUCCAAAGACCUAUAUGGCGGCUGGUGCUGUUGGCGUCGUGUUCUUAUUGAUCUUUUUUAACUUCUGGGGACAAUUAUUGUCUAAUGUCAUUGGCUGGCUUUAUCCUGACACCAUCCUUUACUGGAUGCCGUUCUAUUAUUUAUUCAAAACCGUCUUUUUCCUCUGGCUCUUCCUACCACCAUUCAAGGGUGCACAAGUCAUUUAUUCCAAAUUCUUGAGACAAGUUCUCUUAAAUUAUCAAAAUGAUGUGGAUAAAAAUCUUAGUAAAUUGCAUAAUAAAAUUAGUGAAGCCACAAAGGACAUCGUGAAAGAAGCUAUUGAUGUAGGAACUGCUAUUAAAACUGAAUAG